AUGGGUAGAAAAAAGAAAUCGAGAGCUUGGACUGCAGAAGAAGAUGAGGUUGAGAUGGACAACAAUGAUGGAUCAUCUUGCGAGAGAAGUCUCUACGAGGUUAUUGGCGUUGAGAGAACAGCUACUCCACAGGAAAUAAGGAAAGCAUACCAUAAAUUGGCAUUGCGGCUUCACCCGGAUAAAAAUCAGGAUGAUGAGGAAGCUAAAGAGAAAUUCCAGCAGCUGCAAAAGGUGAUGUCAAUUCUUGGGGAUGAAGAGAAAAGAGCAGUCUAUGAUCAAACUGGCUCAGUUGAUGAUGCUGAUCUUGCUGGUGAUGCAUUUGAGAACUUGCGGGAUUUCUUCAAGGCCAUGUACAAGAAGGUCACCGAAGCAGAUAUUGAAGAGUUUGAGGCAAACUACAGGGGAUCUGAGUCAGAGAAGAAAGACUUACUUGAGCUGUUCAACAAGUUUAAGGGUAAAAUGAACAGGCUAUUCUGCUCAAUGCUUUGCUCGGACCCCAAGCUUGAUUCACACCGUUUCAAAAACAUCCUCGAUGAGGCCAUCGCAGCAGGAGAAGUGAAAUCAAGCAAGGCGUAUGAGAAAUGGGCAAAGAAAAUUUCAGAAAUGAAACCGGCCACCAAUCCAUCGAGGAGGAGGCAGAAGUCAAAAAAGGAUCCAGAGACGGAUCUUGCCUUGUUGAUUUCGCAGCGAAGAGAGGAGAGGAAAGGGCAAGUGGAUGCAAUGUUUUCAUCACUCAUCUCUAGGUAUGGCGGUAAUGCGGAAGCAGAGCCCACCGAAGAAGAAUUCGAAGCUGCCAAGAAAAGGAUCGAAAACUGGAGACCAUCCAAGAAAUCGAAAAGAAAGUAA